AUGUCGGCCUUAAUAUAUAACAUGCCUAGGAAAUGGCAGAAGGAAGGAAAAGUGAGGGGUGUGGCGCUAUCUAAGAAACGCUUUCAGUUCAUCUUCGAUCAUGAGCAUGAUUUGGUGGAUGUACUGGAGAAAAGAGUGCACACUUUCAAUGAUUGGGCGCUUGCGAUUGAUCGAUGGGUUGAGAAGCCUCCCGUUGAUUUUCUCCAGUUUAUUCCUAUUUGGGUACAAAUUCGAAAUAUGCCGUUAAAUUACUAUACGAAGGAAGCGAUUACGGCUUUGGGGGAUUUAACUGGUGAAGUGAAGGUGGUGGUUUUUGAUCCGGAGAGGCCUCAAGUAAGGGAUUAUGUUCGUGUUCAAAUUAGAUUUGAUGUGUCGAGACCUUUGAGGAAAUCUAAAGUGGUGAAUCUCCAGGAAGGAGGAUCUUCGAUUGUUUACUUCAAUUACGAAAGGAUACAGAAACGGUGCUAUGAGUGUCAAAGACUUAAUCAUGAGAAAGAUGUUUGCCCGCUUCUGGUAAAACAGAGGAAAGAAGUGGCUUUGGACAGAAGACAGAGGAGACUUGGUGAAUUGAGCUUCUCGGAACCUAUAAUUGGAAAGGAUGAUCCUUUGUAUGGGAUUCUAAGAGAAGAUCAGGUGGAUGCUUGCAAAGCCACAUGA